AAAAUCAAUAGUCGCCGCCAUAUUUUUUCACAAAAAACUGCAGACAAAAACGCGUAGACUCCCAAAUAUGUUUAGUUAAAUAAGUUAAUACAGAUAAACGAUUGACAAAAGUGGUUAGAGUGUGCUGCAGCACAUAAGAGCGAUUCGUCACAGUUGCAUUAUCUCAGUUGCAUGCUAUAAACGCUUGGAAAUCGCAAUCUCCGGCAUUUCUGUUCUUCUUCUUCUCAUUCGUGCUGCUGCAGUGUGCGUCCGAGUCCCGCGACUGUGUGUGUUUCUGCGUGUGACUGUGUGUGUGUGUCCCAGUGCUGGUGUUUUUGUGCGAUAAUAAAAUAAUAGAUAGGACGAGGAGCAUGGAAGGAGCACAGGUAUCAUCCCCGUCGGUUGGUGGCCCACGUGGCGGUGGCUUUCGCGGACGCGGGGGAGGCGCUCCCAUGCGCGGCGGAUUUGACCGUGGCCGGGGACGCGGUGGUCGCGGACACUUUAUGGGUGGCAUGCGCGGCGGAAUGGGCGGUGGACCGCCAGGAAUGCAGGGAAUGAUGCCGGGCCCUCCACGCGGCAUGCGAGGACCCAGAGGGGGAAUGGGCUAUCAAGGACGCGGCGGUUACCAGCCUCGCGGCGGCGCUCCGAUGGGCAUGCGAGGAGGACGCCCGCUCAUGUACCAACAACCUCCCAAACAACACACAGGUGCCGACAAUAACAAGACGGUGUCGCCCGUGCCAACAACAGCCACAACGGGAGAGUCACAGGCCGGCGAAGCUGCCGGAGAGCAGGAGACCACAGAUGCCCAGGCCGCGGCGCCAGCAUCUGUGUCCAACAACUCACAUAGCAGCAGUGCUCCAGGCAGCAAUGGUGGUGGAGGAGGAGGGCCUCCACCAUACCUGGGACGCGGGCGUGGACGUGGCGGUCCAUUCAGUGGACGCGGUCGCGGCGGUGGUUAUAAUCCCCAUAUGAAUGGCAGUGGAGGCGGCGGCGGCAUGUACGGUGGUCCGCAUUCCCAUCACAGCAGCUCCAUGGGCGGUGGUCCUGGGGGCGAUCACGGACAAAUGCCACGACGUGGGGCACCCCGUGGCCGAGGCGGGUACAAUCAAGGUAUGAGUCGGCCACCCAUGCAUCACCAUCAGGCACAUAAUCCCAAUACACAAAUUGCACCGGUACCAGCUCUCAAACGUGGCGCACCCGGUGGUCCUGGUCCAAAGCGUGGACGCUACGAGGGUGGUCCCUACGGCCAGCGGCCCAUGACACCCAAAUAUCAUAACUCUCAGCAGCAUAUGGGCGGCGGUGGUGGCGGUAUGUCCUCGCAGUCAUCCUACGGCUCGGCCCCCAGUCAUCAUUCAUCGGCUCAAAGCCACCAUGGCGGCUAUCAGACCCACGACCAGACACAGCAGGUCGAUCCUUAUGCGCAGAGCAGCUACAGCACAUCGACCUCGCAGCAGGGCUACAAUGGCUAUGGCCAGAACAGCAGCAGCUAUGCAGCGCACACAUCUCAGACAAGUGCGCCGGCCAGCAGCAGCUACGCCACCCAUGGCACCGAGUACGAUCAGAGCCAGUAUCAGAGCUACAAUUCAACGGGCUAUGCCGCACAACAGGAUACCCGCUAUCCGUCGUACAGCCAGGACUAUAGCCAGCAGUACGGAUCCACGGCUGUGGAUUACAAUGCGACUGGCCAGACGGACUACAGCCAGCAUGGACAGCAGAGCGCCGCUGGCUACGACGAGCGAGCCUAUGCAGGCUAUGACUCGCAGGCUUAUUCGCAAAACUAUUCAAAUGCCGCCGCUUACUACUAGACAACCGCAUACCCGUCUCCUCACCCGCACCCUAGUGGCCAGGCACCAACCAGACAGAGCAAAUAAACGCUGCGCGUGCUCCGAUGAUGGUCGGCCAAGUAACCAAAUAGAAAAGGGAUUUAAGGGCAGAAAACAAGAAAGUAGAAACAGAAAUCAUGUACGAGUAUAACAGGAGG